UUAACAAUGAAUGUUAUUACAUAUCACUACAUAGCACGAUUUAAAUAAUGGUUAUUAUGGUCAUAGAAAGCCAUGUAAACAAAUAUCAAAGCAUACAUUUAAAUUUUUUUGAUCUUGUGACGUUUUUUCCCGCACGUCGAUUCCCGUAUCAUAGGUGCGUUUUCGUUGCUGCUACCAGGCUACAAGCGGUUGGUUCGUGUUUGAAGACAUGACGUCACUAAUAGUAACCAAGAAUAAAAACGUCUCGAGCAGGCAGUGCGCAAACGUGUUAGCGUGGUUGCUAUACACGAUGGAUCCUGAGAGGUUAUCUAUGAUGUUAAGUAUGAUGGAAAUGAUGAUUGAUGAUGAAUUAUCACAUAUUGUUAAUAUGUGUCAGUUACAAUCCACAAGCAGGAUUGCCCUUUCCUUUCUGAAGGAUAGAAUAAAUCAUUUCAAAAUAGGAAUAAUUGCUAACGAAGAGUGGGUGACCCAUUACAUUGAUCAAGAUUUUCAUAAACAGUUUAGGAUGAUGAAGAGCACAUAUUGGGCUCUUAUAGACACAGUUCGACCUUACUACCCUGUCAAGUGCCAGAGAGGUGAUGCACCUUUGGUAACAGUUGAGAAAGCUGUCCUGAUGACAUUGUGUUAUCUGGGGAAGCAUGUGCCUUUGUCUGAUAUAGGUGAUCGAUUCGCUGUGGCUCAAAGCACAGUUUUUAAGGAGGCCAAAACUAUCAUUUAUAUACUGUGUGAUCUUAGAGAUACAUUUAUUGUUUGGCCCAAAAAGAGUGAGUGUGUGAUACUGAGCAGGCAAUUUGAGGAUCGUGCAGGAUUUCCUGGUGUCAUAGGAGCUAUCGAUGGUUGCCACAUUGAAGUUGUACCUCCAGCAAACCAGCAUUCUAGUUACAUAGAUCGUACAUGCAACUACUCUAUCACACUUCAAGGAAUUUGUACUGCAACAAAAAUAUUUACAAAUGUAUCGAUUGGAACACCUGGUUCUCGUAAUGAUGCCCACGUUAUGAAGUACUCUAGCGUUUACCGGACGAUAAUGUGAGAUGGAAUGGAAUCCAUGUUUUUUAAUAGCAAUUAUCAUUUGAUAGGUGAUAAGGCCUACCCUAACAGGAUGUGGUGCAUGGCACCUUUCAAGGAUUUUGGGAAUCUUACUCCAAGACAAAGAACAUACAACUAUCAUCAUAGUUCAACCCGCAUUGUAAUAGAGCACACAUUUGGUCUUAUGAAGGGCAGAUGGAAGCGUUUGAUGAAAGUCAAUACAGAAAUUGCCAAAGUCAGUGACAUUGUACUAGCCAUCUGUGUUUUGCACAAUUUUUGUUAUCUACACAAUGAUGAAGUGAUUAAGAAAAUGAUUCAAGAUAAAAGACGCAUGCCUAACCAACAUGUUUCCAACAAUUAUAUAGACGAAGUCAGCAAAAUACAAGGCGCAGAGAAACGCAAUAGAAUUGUACAUUUGUUCUGAAAACUUUAUUUGUAAGUCUUACUGUGAUAAAUGAAAAAUAUUAUAGGAAUAUCUGGAAUAAACUAUUAUAUUGUCUAA